CUUUUUUUCCCUUCUAUUGGAAACACCCAUCAUUACUCCCAACAAUCCCAUUCCAAUACAAACCUUAAGAAACCUGAGCUUCCAAGACAUUCAUUCCCUUUCUCUCCCUCUUCCCCCCCCCCCAUUAUAUAAAUACCCCUCCCUUUCCUACCUUUUUUCCACCAAAUACCUCCCUUUAUAAUUCCCUUUCACUUUCCUUUCCUUUCUCCCUAUUGAUGGAUCCUUCUUCCACCAACUCUGUCAAUGGCUUCUACUCCUUCCUAACCACAGGAAUCCAUGAUCUGGAAACUGUUUUCCUAUCAAAUAACUUCAUGUCAAUUCAAUUCCUCCAAACAGUCCUCUCCCUCCUCAGAUCAUUCCACACCCAGUUAGUCCUUCUCGUCCAAAAACUUCAAUUGCCUGUGGGUGAGAAGUGGCUUGAUGAGUACAUGGAUGAGAGCUCCAAGCUCUGGGAGACCUGCCACGUCAUCAAAUCCGGCGUGUCCGCCAUGGAAAAUUAUUACUCCGCCGGAUUUAACAUCACUUCCUCCCUUGACGCGCACCGCCACCUGUCCCCCCUCCUCUGUCGCCAGGUUGUCAGGGCAAUAUCAGGGUGUAGAAGGGAGGCAAUGGGAUUGGAAGAAGAGAACAGGGGAUUAAUGGAGACAAGGAUUGAACAACUAUCGCUCAAAUUCGACGCGCAAGUUUCGAUUGAAUCGAAGCUCAAUGGGUUCAGCGGAUUCAGGGGAGUUCUUUACGCAAUGAGGAACAUCAGCUCGCUCCUCCUCAUGAUUUUGCUAUAUGGGUUGGUCUACUGCUGGCCUGAUUCCAGCUUUCUGAGGGGGGGCGACGAAGGGUGCCUGUUCUUCGGGUCCGGGCUGCAGCAGAGGGUGGCGGAGGAGAUCAACAACCAGGUGAACGGGCGGCGGGGGGUCUUGAUGUACGAGUUCCGGAGGUCGAAGGUGGCGGUGGACGAGCUGAGGAGGGAGCUGGAGAGGGUGGGGGGUGGUCAGGGGGUGGCGGAUUGGGAGAGAGAGAGUGGGAUGAGAGAGAGGGUGGAGGAGCUGAAGGGGUGUUUCGGGGUGCUGAGGUCUGGGGUGGAGAACAUUGUUGGGCAGCUUGAUGAUUUCUUUGAUGAGAUUGUUGAAGGGAGGAAGAAGCUCUUGGACUUUUGCAGUCACAGGUAGGGGAAAAAGAGAAAUUAUGCCUAAAACUCUGUUGCUUCAGUAUCAGAACACUUGUUAGAAAAACUAUUUUGAAAAAAAAAAAAAAAAAAAACACCCAUUGCGUAUUUUGCGCGUUUGUUCCGAAGUGAAAACAAUUUUGGAGAAUUGAAAACAUUGUCGUGGUGUGUUUUUUUACGAACGGGUUAUCUUCGAAAGUAAAUACUUAAUAUAAGUUUCGAAAUGUAUGAACGGAAAAGUUCCAGAUAUCGAUGCUGAAGCAACAACGGGGGGAAGAGAAACGGGUACUGGUCGAGGAAUUAAUCAGCCAAUUAAGGAGCGGUUGUACAUUGUGGUCUUAUCUUUGUGUUUAUGAUCUUUUCCUUUCCUUCUAUUCCUCCCUUUAGAGUAGUGGUUGUUUUACAUGUUACAUCUAGUAUAGUUGAAGCAGGUUAGAAACCUUUUGUCUUGUAAGAAGCCAAGGAGGAAAAUUUUGAAGGAAAAGAGAAUAUGAACAUUGUUUUUAACCA